UGCGUGAGCCAGCCGUUCAGUGCUGCCGAGACAGCCAGUGCGUGUCUGUUUUGGCAAGCAGAAGACGUUUCUUCCAAGGAGCAGCCUCCCUGCUAAAUCCAGCCAGUGUCGCCCUUACACAACUGCAUUUCAGACAAAAAAUUAUUGGAGAUGUAGCAAUGCAGUGUUAGACAUCCAUCAAUAAUGUAAGAAGUACAUUGGUUCGGUCUGGAAAGGCGGGACAACUUGAAGCAAACGCAGGAAGACCGAAGUAGAGAGAGAGACAACAUGUUACAUCUGCACCAUUCUUGUUUGUGUUUCAGGAGCUGGCUGGCAGCGAUGCUUGCUGUGCUGCUAAGUUUGGUGCCAUCAGCUUCCAGCGACAUUUCCGCCUCCCAACCGAACAUCCUUCUUCUGAUGGCGGACGACCUUGGCAUUGGGGACAUUGGCUGCUAUGGCAACAACACCAUGAGGACUCCAAAUAUUGACCGCCUUGCAGAGGAUGGCGUGAAGCUGACCCAACACAUCUCUGCCGCAUCUUUGUGCACCCCAAGCAGAGCCGCCUUCCUCACGGGCAGAUAUCCUGUGCGAUCAGGGAUGGUUUCCAGCAUUGGUUACCGUGUUCUUCAGUGGACCGGAGCAUCUGGAGGUCUUCCAACAAAUGAGACAACUUUUGCAAAAAUACUGAAAGAGAAAGGCUAUGCCACUGGACUCAUUGGAAAAUGGCAUCUGGGUCUCAACUGUGAGUCAGCCAGCGAUCAUUGCCACCACCCUCUCCACCACGGCUUUGACCAUUUCUACGGAAUGCCUUUCUCCUUGAUGGGUGAUUGCGCCCGCUGGGAACUCUCAGAGAAGCGUGUCAACCUGGAACAAAAACUCAACUUCCUCUUCCAAGUCCUGGCCUUGGUUGCCCUCACACUGGUAGCAGGGAAGCUCACACACCUGAUACCCGUCUCGUGGAAGCCGGUCAUCUGGUCAGCCCUUUCAGCCAUCCUCCUCCUCACAAGCUCCUAUUUUGUGGGUGCUCUGAUUGUCCAUGCCGAUUGCUUUCUGAUGAGAAACCACACCAUCACGGAGCAGCCCAUGUGCUUCCAAAGAACGACGCCCCUUAUUCUGCAGGAGGUUGCGUCCUUUCUCAAAAGGAAUAAGCAUGGGCCUUUCCUCCUCUUUGUUUCCUUUUUGCACGUUCACAUCCCUCUUAUCACUAUGGAGAACUUCCUCGGGAAGAGUCUCCACGGGCUGUAUGGGGACAACGUAGAGGAGAUGGACUGGAUGGUAGGACAGAUCCUUGACACUUUGGACAUGGAAGGUUUGACCAACAGCACCCUCAUUUAUUUUACAUCAGAUCAUGGUGGUUCCCUAGAGAAUCAACUUGGAAACACCCAGUAUGGUGGCUGGAAUGGAAUUUAUAAAGGUGGGAAAGGCAUGGGAGGAUGGGAAGGUGGGAUCCGCGUGCCUGGGAUCUUCCGCUGGCCCGGGGUGCUCCCGGCCGGCCGAGUGAUUGGCGAGCCCACGAGUCUGAUGGACGUGUACCCCACCGUGGUCCAGCUGGCGGGCGGCGAGGUGCCCCAGGACAGAGUGAUUGACGGCCAAGACCUUCUGCCCUUGCUCCUAGGGACAGCCCAGCACUCAGACCACGAGUUCCUGAUGCAUUAUUGUGAGAGGUUUCUGCACGCAGCCAGGUGGCAUCAACGGGACAGAGGAACAAUGUGGAAAGUCCACUUUGUGACCCCGGUGUUCCAGCCAGAGGGAGCCGGUGCCUGCUAUGGAAGAAAGGUCUGCCCGUGCUUUGGGGAAAAAGUAAUCCACCACGAUCCACCUUUGCUCUUUGACCUCUCAAGAGACCCUUCUGAGACCCACAUCCUCACACCAGCCUCAGAGCCCGUGUUCUAUCAGGUGAUGGAACGAGUCCAGCAGGCAGUGCGAGAACACCAGCAGACACUCAGCCCAGUUCCUCUGCAGCUGGACAGGCUGGGCAACAUCUGGAGACCGUGGCUGCAGCCCUGCUGUGGCCCGUUCCCCCUCUGCUGGUGCCUUAGGGAAGAUGACCCACAAUAAAUGUCUGCAGUGAAAA